AGAAGAAGUUUUUAUUACUUUGCCAAAUAUCUUUGAUGAGAUAGUAUCCUCUUCAUAUUUGGGAAAAGAUACAGCAAAUUUUAUAGUUGUUGAUAAGCCUAAAUACGAUUUGGUUUUAAGUAAUAAUUAUUAA